AUGUUGGCGGCCGCCAAGGCACUUGCAGCGGCAGCCAAUGGCGCCGGGCGUCUCCGGGGAGUAAUCGCCGGUGCCGAGGGCCGUGGUGCUGGGCAGCUGGCCGCCAGGGGCGUUGCCCGGGCACUGGAAGAACGGCUCGUGAUGGUAGCCAAUGUCUGCAAAGUGGUGAACCUGGCUGGGCUCGAGCAGCAGGUGCACCGCGAGACUCUGCACGAGCGCGUCCCCAAACUAUUUGCGCUCACGUGUCAGCAGACAACAUCUCGAACAAGUUUGACAGCGCAGGGUGGACCAAGACUCCUGUCGUGGUGCUCGAGGCGCAGCCAGCCGUGGAUCCGCCUGAUGGGCCAAGGCCACAAGGAUGUUUCCAACAUGGCCUUCCACAUGGCCGUCGCGGGCAGAUUUUUGCAUACGAGGAAGUCGUCGACGGUGCGGAACAGGUUCGACCACGUGUUAGGCUCUUCCUGCUCUUCCUAG